CAUAGAUUCAGUUUUAUAUUGCUAUUCUGUUCAAGAAAGGCUAAAACUCUUGUCAUAGCAGAACAUAAGACAGAUUUUGAAACUACAAAUGGGAAAUUAUGAAAUAGGAUCAAAAGAAGGAAAAUUCAAAGGACAAUGCGCACCAGUGCAAAUAGAACAUACCUUCAGUUUUAUAUCUUAGGAAUAUGUACAUUGGCUGCACAAACACUGAUUUACUUCCAUUACUUCACAUCUACGAAUAAUCUUGGACACCAAACCACAUCACAAAAAGACACAAUCUCACUGUUUCAUACAUUGACAAUGAAAGAACAUUUCAGUGACUGGAAUGACGAUUUGGAUGAGAUAAAAGCAACACACGCAAACGAUCCAAACUCAAUCGAAAACUUUAACAACAUAAUGAUAAGCAUGUCAAGACAAAAUAUGAGCAAUGGAGACAUAAAUGAUUCAAUAAAAAAUAUGACAAUUAAACCUUUCCCAAAGUUCAAGAAAGACCCAUUCAAACUAAUUUAUAACCGUUUACCCAAAUGCGGAAGUACUACAAUGUUGCUUUUGAUAACACUACUUCAAGAAAAGAAUCAUUUCAUAUAUCAAACCAGUGGUGCCUAUCACAACUAUACCUUCAGUGAAACUAAAGAAUUUGAAUUUGUGCACCAGAUUACAACUAUACGGAAACCAGUUGUAUUUGAUAAGCAUACAUACUUUGUUGAUUUCUCAAAGUAUGGCCUGCCAAUGCCUCUCUAUAUGAACAUGAUACGGGAUCCAGUUGACCAAGCGGUGUCAAUGUUUUACUACAACAGGAGACAUAGCGUUAAUAUGCAGACACGAUACACAGCAGAGGAGCUCAAUAUGACACUGGAGGAGUGCAUAGACCAGCAUUCAGAUGAUCUAACCCAUUGUGAUAUCACACAUGAUAUGUAUACAUUAUGGUUUUGUGGGAAUAGCGAUGAGUGUUCCAACAACAGAACCUAUGCAAUGCAAAGAGCUAGAAUGAACAUAGAGAAAAACUACACAUUCGUAGGUCUUACUGAAUACUUUGAUGAGUCAAUCAUCAUGAUUGAAAAAGUAAUUCCACGCUUUUUCAAAGGUGCAGCACCACUUUACCAACAACAUAAGAAAACAAUGAUGAAAAGUAAACGAACAAAUAAGAUUCAACCAAGUGAACACACCAAAGUGUUUAUGAAGUUUAAACUUAGUGAUGCUUACGAGAUAUAUAAUUUUGCAAAGCAAAGAUUUUUUCAUGCAAAAAUGAAAAUGAAUUUGUAAACAUUUCUU